CCGCCGGCUUUCCACUGUCCGGGGAUGGGGGGCUGGAGAGGCGAGACCUAAGAUCCAAAGUCAAGCCCCAGCCCUAAAAGGCAGAGAAUGGAGACUCCAGGUUGUCAGAGAUGGAGACAGCCCAUUUUACAGAUGGGGAAACCGAGGCUGCCAAACCUUCUGCUCCCAGGAGAAUGGGAGGGCUCCAGAGAGGAGGUCAUAGGAUUCUAGGCUGAGUGCUUUGAGGAACCAGAGGAAGCAAAAGUCCUCUCCUCUCCCUUCAUUUGACAGAAGUGGAAGACCGGGUCGGAGAGUCCAAAGCAGUCUUGACCUAAGCAGGGCCCUGGGAGUCGGUGCCAUGAAGCUGAAUGAGCAGAGCGUGGCCCACUACGCCAUGAGCGGCUCUCCUGCGGACCACGAGGGCUUCCUGCGCCGCUGCAGCACCCCAGGGGGCCGCCAGCCCGCGGCCCCUCGCUGCUGGUUCGUGCUCAAGGGGAAUCUGCUCUUCUACUUCGAGGGGCAGGAGAGCCGGCCGCCCCUGGGGCUCAUCGUGCUGGAGGGCUGCACCGUGGAGCUCUGUGAGGCCCCCCAGGAGUUCGCCUUCGCCAUCCGCUUCGACGCGCCCGGGCUGCGGCCCUACGUGCUGGCGGCCGAGGAGCAGGAGGCCCAGGAGGCCUGGGUGAAGGUGCUCUCCAGGGCCAGCUUCGGCUACAUGCGGCUGCUGGUGCAGGAGCUGGAGGGCCAGCUCCACGAGCUGCAGCUGAGCCUCGCCUCCCGCAGCUCAGCCCCCAGGUCUCAGGCCCGGGCCUCGGCCGGCCCCCCUCCGGAUCGGCCGCCCCCCCAGCCGGAGGAGGGCGGCCCCUCGGCAGAGACGGAGGGAGACGAGGGGGCCGCAAAGCCCCCGGCUCCCGUUGGCCGCCGGCGCCCGGCAGAGAAUUGGGCCUGCAGCCCGGCCUGCCUGCCCCUCAACGGGGGGGACAGCCCGGUGUCCCCAGAGACCUCCUGCUUCCCCAAGCUGCACGACUGGUACGGCCAGGAGAUCAUCAAUCUCCGCAGGGAGUGGCUGCAGAGCAGAGCGCUGGGGGGCGGGCUGUGAGGGGCCGGGACCCCCCAACUCCCAAGCGCGGGCCUUCCCCACACACACAUUGCCUGUGGGGGCCCGGAUCAGCCCAAGGGAGCCGCCCCUCCCCCCAGACUGCCACUGCCCCUUUCCUCAGGACACAGAGCUCGGGGUCCUCAGAAGAAAAGUCCGCCAGGAAAGAUGGCUAACGAAUGGCUGGGUGGCCAGAGGGGGCCCAUUGAGCAGCUCGGAGCCUCAGUUUCCCCAUUUGUAAAAAUAACCAGGAUGGGGAACAAGUCUGAAUUAUGUAACAGCUGAACAUGACAGGAGCAAAAGGAUAACAAUGAGACCCUUUAGCCUGGUGGCUGGGGCUUGUGACGACCCUUUUACAGAUAAGGAAAUUGAGGUUCGGUGGAAGGGCUGAAGUCUCCCCUCAGAGUCAGCGUCCCCUUACAGAAGUCCCCAAGCCCCCGGCCUGUCUCCGCCGCCCACUCCAUCUCUCUGGAGGCGGCGGCGGCCGUGCCCGAGUUCGAAUCCAGCCUCAGCCCCUGUGUGGCCCGGCCUGCGGCCUGCCUCAGUUUCCCCAGCUGUGAAGCUCGGUAACAGCGCCUCCCCCAGGUGGCUGUGACUUUCCUUCUGGAGGACUGUGGCCAUGGCCCAGGGGCACGAGCGCCGACCGCUCGGGGCUUGGCUCACUUGCUCCCCAGGCCCGCCGGGCCGGCUCCUGGGCCGGGGUCUCCUCUGUCAUAGACCACCUGUAAAGUUCUUCAGAAGCCCCCGGAGUGUCCUUGUGUCCUUGUCCUGAGCCCCUCCCAGCGCCUCCCGGAAGUGGCAGGGCAGCGGGGCGGGGGGCGGGGGGAGGAGAAAGGGGGGAGGGGGAGACCGUCUCCAAAGCAACUGCC